CUCCCUUUCCAAUAAAAGUCCUGCGGGACGGAGGAAUGCGGAUUGAUUCCGGAUUCGAAGCGGCUCAGGUUGAUGUCUCCUUGGUCCCUUUGAAGAUGUCAAACCCUGGCAACGAGAGGAAUAAUGACAAAACUCUGAAGAAGCAUGUCAAACCAACUCCACUAAGGCAUCCUGGGUCCUUCAAGAAAAAAGAAUCUGAAGUUUUUGUCGGCAAUCUCCCGUUGGAUAUGAAGGAGACAGAUUUAGCGGCUGCGUUCAGGGAGUUUGGCGUGAAGAUGGUCAGGAAGCACAACACAGCUUGUACCAGCUAUGGGUUUGUGGAGCUGGCGUCUGCCGAAAUGGUCAAGCUCGCCAUCAAGCGGAUGAACGGGAGCCUGGUUCACGGGCAGCGCAUAGUAGUGGCUGUUGCAGAGGACAGGAGGGUCCGCAAGCCCACAAAGGCGGACACAGAGAUGCCGGAUUUGGAACCCAUCCCCUGGGAAGAGACCGGACCCAAGUGUGAUCCUUCCCCAAAAGCCGACACCCAGACCUUGGACCCUUCAAAGCUGAAGGUCCUUUAUGCCAUUCCCAUGGAAAUGAGAUCUUUGUUCUUGCUGCAGAUGUUAGCAGAUUGCUUUCGGGAUGUGGGCUGGCUGUUAUCCAUAGCAAAAGUCGCCGGGAAAGCUGCGCUGCUGGUGUUGGAUACCAUUCCGCAGACCCCUUUCUUCUGGGCCAUCCAUCUCACAGAGGAAUGUCAUAAGUCUAUGCGGACGCUGUUCGGGGCCUUGGCAGAAAGUGAGUCUUCGGCGCCCUUUCUGACAAAGCAAGAGGUUCAGCGAGGGACACGUUGCUUGGCAGAGUGCAUUGUGGGGGAUGAAGGCAACGCCUGGAACAGGUGCUGGGUUGUGGAGAAGGUGGAGGAUUUGGCGGUAGUGUUCUUUGUGGAUUUUGGCCGCUCUGCCACCGUCCCGCUUAAUUCCCUGCGGAAGCUGGACAGGGAUGAUUUCUGGGCGAUAAAACCUUUGGCACAGCCGUUUGUGCUCCAGGAAGAGGUUUUCCCUCCUCAAGUCAUGAUGAGACAAAUUCUGGAAGGGAACGUGGUUGGCCCAUUGACGACAGAGCGACACAUUUUGAAGUUUGCCAUCAAAGCCGAGUAGGAGGAAGUUGUUAAAAGAAACUCUGGAGAGAACAUCCGACAAGCAAGCUGAUGGGCUCUUGGGAAAAAGGAUUGUAAAUGUUUUUGAUGGGAGAUGGGGUAAGCGGAAAGACGCUUUGCAUUAAUUUUCUACACCUUCCUGUUUCUAUGCAUUUUGGU